AGUUUAUAUUUAUUUGUGUGUACUGUGGGGGACCAGAUGUAGUGAAUGCAGGGUCCGGGGAGAGACCAGAUAUAGUGAAUGCGGGGUCUGGGGAGACCGAAUAUAGUGAAUGCAGGGUCCGGGGAGAGCGGAUAUAGUGAAUGAAGGGUCCGGGGAGACCAGAUAUAAUGAAUGCAGGGGUCCGGGGAGAGCGGAUAUAGUGAAUGCAGGGUCCGGGGAGACCGGAUAUAGUGAAUGCGGGGUCCGGGGAGAGCGGAUAUAGCGAAUGCGGGGUCCGGGGAGAGCGGAUAUAGUGAAUGGGGGGUCCGGGGAGA